AUGUCGGACGCUGACUUUGAGACGAUCAGAAAGCUGCAGGCAGAGCGCAAUGCUGCCGCGGCUGCCAAAAACGGAUCGCGAACCUUUGACCCUUCCAACCAGCGGUCCGACACAUCCACCAAGGCCAAGCUUACAGAAUCUUUCGACACGGAACUAUACUCACGCGAUGGCGGCGACAAAUAUGCUGGCUAUCUCUCUUCCAUUCCCACCGCUGAUGGAGAUGGCGACGAGGACAUGGAUGAUGCCGAAGCCUCGCGACGACUAGUGGGCCAAUACACAGCGACGCGAGCCCAGAUUGAGGAGUUUGCGCACGGUAACGGAGUGGAGGAAGAUGAUCCUCUUGCAGGGCGUGGGGAGAAGAGCAACCGCAUCACAGAUCGAGAGACGGACUACCAGAAGCGCCGCUUUGAUCGGGUAGGUGCCGACGAGCAUGAGAGCUAUCGUGAGAUCAUGGAGCGGAGAGAGCUCGAGAGGGAAGAAGAACGCGUCCAACGAGAAAUCCAAGCGAAGCGAGAGGCACAAGCCACCAAUGGCGAGCAUGCCGCAACGCUCCAGAAUGGUGACAAGGAGGUGGCUGAGCCAGGGUCCACAGAGGCCAGUCGCAAGCGAAAGAAGCGAUGGGAUGUCUCGACAACAGCCGCCGACGAACCAACGACAGAAUCUACCGAGGGAACAUCCAAGCGAUCGAGGUGGGACCAAACGCCCUCACUUGCCGCUCCUGGAAAGCGCUCACGAUGGGACCAAGCACCAUCCGCAACGCCGGUCGGCAGCAGUGGCCUGGUCACCCCAAUGCACACAUCCCAGAUAGGCGGUGGUUCAGGAGUACCUUCCUUUGGUACUGAUAUAUCUGGUCCCAACGCCGCCAUCAGUGAUGAGGAACUGGAUGCACUGCUCCCUGGCCCCGAGGAGGGGUACAAGGUCCUCGAGCCACCGCCGGGAUACGCUCCUGUUCGUGCACCCACCCACAGGGUUAUUGCGACGCCAGUCCAGUCCAAUGGCUUCAUGAUGCAGGACCCUGAUAGCGUCAGGGCCGGUGGAAGCCAGAUGCCAAAAGAGAUACCUGGGGUCGGGGAUCUCCAGUUCUUCAAGCCGGAAGAUAUGACAUAUUUCGGCAAGUUGACAGAUGGUUCCGACGAGAACAGCCUGAGUGUUGAAGAGCUGAAGGAGCGAAAGAUCAUGAGGCUGCUCCUCAAAGUCAAGAAUGGUACCCCUCCAAUGCGUAAGACUGCUCUGAGACAACUCACGGACAAUGCGCGACAGUUUGGUGCAGGGGCUUUGUUCAAUCAGAUUCUUCCCCUGCUCAUGGAGAAGACACUGGAGGAUCAGGAGCGCCAUUUACUUGUCAAGGUCAUCGAUCGUAUCCUUUACAAGCUUGAUGAACUAGUCAGGCCGUAUGUUCACAAGAUCCUCGUGGUUAUCGAGCCUCUGCUCAUUGAUCAAGAUUACUACGCCCGAGUUGAGGGCCGUGAAAUCAUCUCUAACCUCAGCAAAGCAGCUGGUCUCGCAACCAUGAUUAGUACGAUGAGACCCGAUAUCGACCACGUCGACGAGUACGUGCGAAAUACUACCGCGCGAGCAUUCGCCGUGGUGGCCUCGGCACUCGGCAUACCCGCACUCCUCCCCUUCCUUCGUGCAGUUUGCCGCAGCAAGAAGUCAUGGCAAGCGCGGCACACCGGUGUCAAGAUAGUGCAGCAGAUUCCUAUCCUGAUGGGUUGCGCCGUCUUGCCUCAUCUGAAGGGAUUGGUUGAUUGUAUUGGUCCUAAUCUUAAUGAUGAGCAGACUAAAGUGCGUACAGCCACCAGUUUGGCUAUCGCAGCAUUAGCUGAAGCUUCGAACCCCUACGGUAUCGAGAGCUUUGACGACAUUCUAAACCCUCUGUGGACCGGUGCGAGAAAACAAAGAGGCAAGGGCCUCGCCGGCUUCCUGAAGGCCGUGGGCUAUAUCAUUCCCCUGAUGGACGAGGAUUAUGCCAAUUACUACACCAGUCAGAUUAUGGAGAUUCUACUCAGAGAGUUCUCUUCACCUGACGAGGAGAUGAAGAAGGUCGUUCUGAAAGUCGUUUCCCAGUGCGCAGGUACUGAGGGUGUUACUGCAGGGUAUCUGAAGGAACAUGUCCUUGAUGAGUUCUUCAAGAGUUUUUGGGUACGCCGCAUGGCCUUGGACAAGCGAAACUAUAGGCAAGUGGUCGAGACUACGGUUGACAUUGGCCAAAAGGUGGGCGUCAGCGAAAUUUUGGAACGAAUUGUGAGCAAUCUCAAGGACGAGAGCGAAGCGUAUCGGAAAAUGACGGUGGAAACGGUCGAAAAAGUGGUGGCAGGUCUGGGAGCUGCGGACAUUGGCGAGAGGUUGGAGGAGCGACUCAUCGAUGGCAUUCUGCAUUCUUUCCAGGAGCAAAGCGUGGAGGAUGUUAUCAUGCUGAAUGGGUUUGGCACUGUGGUCAACGCCCUGGGCACGCGAUGCAAGCCUUAUCUUCCGCAGAUCGUUAGCACAAUUCUUUGGCGGCUCAACAACAAGACGGCGACCGUCCGCCAGCAGGCCGCAGACCUGAUUUCACGCAUUGCCAUGGUCAUGAAGCAGUGUGGGGAAGAUGCCUUGAUGGGCAAGCUGGGUAUUGUGCUUUAUGAAUAUCUGGGCGAAGAGUAUCCAGAGGUUUUGGGGUCGAUUCUCGGUGCUCUACGUUCCAUUGUCACCGUCGUCGGAAUCAGCCAAAUGCAGCCGCCUAUCAAAGACCUCCUUCCGCGGCUGACCCCUAUUCUACGAAACCGACACGAGAAGGUACAGGAAAACACCAUCGAUCUUGUUGGGCGUAUCGCCGAUCGUGGCCCAGAAAGCGUCAACGCGCGGGAAUGGAUGCGAAUCUGCUUCGAGCUGCUAGACAUGCUCAAGGCUCAUAAGAAGGGCAUACGACGAGCAGCAAACAACACGUUCGGUUUCAUCGCCAAGGCCAUUGGACCACAAGAUGUUUUGGCAACUCUACUCAACAACCUCCGAGUUCAGGAGCGUCAGUCUCGUGUCUGCACGGCUGUCGCCAUUGGUAUCGUUGCCGAGACUUGUGCUCCGUUCACUGUGCUUCCGGCAUUGAUGAACGAGUAUCGAGUACCCGAACUCAAUGUUCAGAACGGCGUUCUCAAGUCUCUCUCGUUCCUUUUUGAGUACAUUGGCGAAAUGGCCAAGGACUACGUGUACGCCGUGACGCCUUUGCUGGAAGACGCCCUCAUCGAUCGUGAUCAGGUGCAUCGUCAAACAGCUGCCUCCGUCGUCAAGCAUAUUGCGCUUGGUGUGGUUGGUCUUGGCUGUGAAGAUGCAAUGGUCCACCUCCUCAACCUGCUCUACCCCAAUCUCUUUGAAACAAGCCCGCACGUCAUCGACAGAAUCGUUGAGGCAAUCGAGGCCAUCCGAAUGGCGGUUGGGCCUGGCCUCGUGAUGAACUACGUUUGGGCCGGUCUGUUCCAUCCCGCACGCAAAGUACGUCAGCCAUACUGGCGGCUGUACAAUGAUUCUUACGUGCAGGCUGCCGACGCUAUGGUUCCGUAUUAUCCGAAUCUUAAUGAAGAUGGCAUCGACAGGUCCGAAUUGGCCAUUGUGUUGUAA